AAAAAAACAACAACACAACAUUAACAGUUAUAUGCACUCAUAUUUACAUUAACCGUAUUUUUAGCAAUUUCUAAAAUAUUUACAUUUCAUUGAAGUAAGCGUCAUAAAAAGAACGAAACCGUACGAAACAGAUGAUAGCGUGUUGAUUGAUAUUUUUUAAUACCAGAGGUCAAACAUUAUGACUAUUUUGAUUGUAAUACGAGAAACUUAGUGUCUGAACACAAUGGCUGCAGUUGAAAACGGGGACAACAAUUUUGAAUUGUUUGUUGAAAAAGCGCCUGAAACCAGGUCUGGUACAAAACCUAAGGUAUAUAAGGAUGGACAAUACAGUGACCCUGUGUUUAAAAAGCUGUCAAAGAUUAAUGGAGAAGUCAACAAACUCAACAAGAGGGAGUUGCAGUCCAAGUUGAAGGAAUUUGGCCUUGACACUAGGGGCCUUAAAGAAGUGUUGAAGAAACGAUUGAAGAAUUUUUACAAGGAAAGGAACAUUCAGAAAUCUCGAGUCCGUGUGACAGGUAAAACUGGUUAUGAUUACUUGGCUGUGAUAGACUUUGAGGCAACUUGUGAAGAGAACUAUCCCAGCUACAGACAUGAGAUUAUUGAAUUCCCUGUCGUACUGGUGGAUGUGGACAAAAUGGAAAUUGUUGCCAAAUUCCAGGAAUAUGUGCGGCCAUUGCUCAACCCUAAACUAUCCAGCUUCUGUACCAGUUUGACAGGGAUCACUCAGGAAAAAGUGGACCAGGCAGAUCCCUUUGUGGAUGUCCUUGCCAAGGUGGAGGCAUGGUUCUCACAGCAUGGCCUCGGUCUAGAGAAGACGUUUGCUGUGCUCACAGAUGGGCCAUGGGACAUGUUCAGGUUCAUGUUCUACCAGUGUCAGGAAAGCCAUAUAGAGAUGCCUGCAUGGUCUAAGGUCUGGAUAAACAUUCGCAAGGCCUACUGUAAUUUCUACAACUGCGGUCGCGGAGGAAUAGAGAUCAUGCUCCAUAAUCUGGGUAUGAAAUUUGAAGGCUCGCCACACAGUGGCAUCGAUGAUGCAGUAAACAUAGCGCGCAUAGCGAUAAAGAUGCUCUCCGACGGUUGCUGCCUGUCUCUCAACGAGCAGAUCCAGAUCAAGGUCGACCCUCGAGACUCGAAAUGCGAGGCCCGUUAUGUGGUGUACCACGAGCCUCGCAAAUCACGUGCUGCGAGAGACUGUGAUGAAAACAGUGAGGGAGAAGCUGCGGAGGAAAUUGGCGGUGAUUACGGUGGAGAUUACUCAGGGGAGAUAAAUCAUGAGAUGGAGAGGUUACACAUUGAUAUGAGUGAGGUUGACGAUGGGGUGGACGAUCUGCUGAGUUACUACAAGCUGCAGAAGUCUUGAAGGCGUACAUAACAUGUCCUGUAGUCAACUUAUACAUAGACUUACGACCAAGGAUAAACACAUUUUCCUUAUAUUUGGAAAAGUGAUGUUAGGUUGAGUAAGGAUUGAAAAUAAUCAGGGGACUUCUAGCAAAUUGUACCUAAAAUGUGUUGCAUAAUUGCAUUUUAAGAUUAAGCCUAUGAAUUCUGCCUGUUUUUUUUUUCAACUAGUGUUUUAAAAUAAUAAGUGGAAAUAUUUUGUGUCAGUUGUGUUUCUAAGAUAUUUAUUUCAAUAUUCAAGAUUUUGAUGGGUCAUAAUUAUUUGAGCAAAGUGGCGCAAUAACAUGUCUUAUGCCAUAUGCACCUAGUAGCACCAGGAGUAGUAGGAGCUUCCUUGUCCGCUGAUUAGACAGUGCAGGCUGGUCUAAAGGUACGCUGGCUACAUAUUGCAUAAGACUCACUCCUGCAUAACCCAGCUCAUUUUUGUCCCCUACCCGUGAAACCGGAGGGGACUUAUGGUUUGCGCUCUAUCUGUCUGUCAGUCAGUCUGUCACACUUUUCUGGAUCCUGCGAUAACUUUAAAAGUUCUUCAUAUAUUUUUUUCAUGAAACUUGAAACACGGAUAGAUGGCAAUAUGGAGAUUAUGCACGUCAUGUCAUUUUGUUCCUACGUCAAGAAUUCUGGUUGCUAUGGCAACAAAUAAAAAAAAAAUACUGACAAUGGUGGAGUUUCACCGUUAGGUAACAAUAUUGCUUGGCAAUCUCUUGUUACACCUACAAUAAGGUUGUACCAUAAUACAAAAUGUUUGUCUUUAUACUGGUAUAUGGCCUGGUCAUAUCUCAUGAUAAAAAUAUUUCAUACCAGAAGAGAAUAAUGUACAGUUAGCUAUAAUAUUUUCAAUGUUUCUUCCCAAAAUAAUAAUCUUUUUCAUGCUUAGCUGUUUUAUUCUUAUGUGAUACCGGUAUUACGAUAUAUACAUGUAGUUGAUUUCUCUACCACCAAUUUUGUAUUCACUCUACUUAUUUUAUAUUGUAUAAAUGAUGUAGAAAGCCCAAUUGUACUUUAAUAAUGUGUUUGUUUAGUGCAUGGCAACAUGGUGCUGUUUAAUAAGCAAUUGAAUGCUGUUGCCAAUAGGGAUUAUUUUUCUUUUCUAUGUUUAUUGCACGCCUUCAAAUGACAUAGACAACUUAUGUACUUGCAUUUAGCAUUUUUCUGUGAAAGUUAAAUAGAAUUACAUUUGUAGUACUAGUUUAUUAAAAAAAUAACAUAAUGCUAUG